GGCAAAAAAACAAAACACAAAUUCUUUUCCAUAUUCAAAUCUGCCGCGCGUCACGGCGCGUCACGGCGCGUCAUGGCGCUGCGCUGCGCCGCGCUGCGCUGCGCCCCUUGGCACAGCCGCGUUCCGAUAAGGAAGAGCGCACUCGCCCGUGUUGUGUUGACACUGGACGGAGAUGCGGCGAUGCUCUUGCGUGUGAAAGCGUCCGCAGCGCCCUCUAAGCAGCAACGGGGAGAUUUCGCCUCGGAGGAGGAGGAGGAGGAGGAGGAGUGUCCAGCAUCAGUGGGGAAGAGGAAACCAAAAAAAACCACCCCUUAUCUUUUGGUCCAUCGCGUCCACUCGGAGGCAGCGGCCCGUCGAUCCGCCAGAGGAAGCCGAGCUCUGGAGUUGAAUCUCGCAGGGAUGUGCUGAAAGCUUGAGGAUGAAAGGAGGAAGGAGGAGAGAGAUGGAGCGAGCCCUUAACGGCCCGGAACAGGUUUUAAUUAGACCCUUCUUUUAAAAUCAGGGACGUCUGGUCAGGAGGUGAUGGCAGUGCUGACUGAGCUUCACCACUACUAUUACCCAUUCCUACUGAUGGACACCCGCCACCUGUACGCCUGAGCCUGUACCCAGCACUGCCCUCCCCCCGCUCCUUCUGCCUCUCCUUGCUCAUUUCCUUCUUCUUCCUCCGCCCUCCUCAUUUCUCCUCCUCUCCUUCCUUUCAAUUUCCCCACCUGGAUUUUUACCGUAUCUCUGCGAUCGUAUACUUUAUCAUGGCGUACUGUGGCCGCUCUCUGGACUCCCCGUGCACACUAGCCCUGCUGGUGGGCUUCCAGUUUGCCUUUGUCCUCUAUUUCUCCCUCGGGGGCUUCAGGGGCUUAGUGUCUGUCCUGGUGCACACCACGGAGCCGGAGUUCGACUACUCUCGACCUCACGACGUCUACACCAACCUCAGUCACCUGGGAGCGCCGCCUCCCCCGCCUCGCAACUCCGGGACCGGACCCCCUGCCACUGCACCACCGCUGAGAGACUGCCAGAUCCCGUCCCCGCUGCUGGUCGGACCUGUGUCCGUCCAUCUCUUCUCUCCUCUGUCCCUGGAGGAGAUCAGACAGAGGAAUCCGUUAGUGUUGCCGGGCGGACGCUACCACCCUCCAGACUGUGAGACCCGCCACCACACGGCAAUAGUGGUACCGUACCGGAACCGACAGACACACCUCCGUGCCCUGCUCUACCACCUCCACCCCUUCCUGCAGAGACAGCAGAUCCACUACAGCAUCUAUAUAGUGCAGCAGUGGGGGAACAGCACUUUUAACCGAGCCAAGCUGCUCAACGUCGGGGUGCGGGAGGCCCUCAGAGACGAAGACUGGAGCUGCAUCUUCCUGCACGACGUCGACUUACUGCCCGAGAACGACCACAACACCUACACCUGCCACAAACAGUUCCCCACACACCUGUCUGUGGCCAUGGACAAGUUCAGAUACAGGCUGCCCUACCCACAGUAUUUCGGUGGGGUUUCUGCAGUGACCCCUGACCAGUACAUGAAGAUGAAUGGUUUCCCCAACCAGUACUGGGGCUGGGGUGGAGAGGACGAUGACAUUGCUGCCAGAGUGCGUCUGUCUGGCAUGAAGAUUGUGCGUCCUCCAGUGGCCAUUGGUCAUUACAAGAUGAUCAAGCAUAAAGGAGACAGAGGCAAUGAGCAAAAUCCACGCAGGUUUGACCUUCUCAAAAGGACCAGGCUGAACUGGCGCGCCGAUGGCCUCAACUCUCUGAACUAUGAGCUCCUCUCUAGGGAGCUGGAGCCCCUCUACACCAACCUCACUGUCAACAUUGGAGAAGACCCCCGUCUGCCGCAGGGGAAAGCACCCAUCCCUUUGAAAACAACCACCCCCGUCCACCAACGUAGCACCAGCGAGGACCAGGACACAGCCAAACAGGAAAAGAGACAACAGAGCAGAGGGUCUUUGGCGGCAAAUGUGACCGUGGCCAAGUCGCUCGGCAAAAACACAAAACCUUCUCAGUCCAAAACAGCAAAUCAAACGACACACAAAGAGACGCGUGUGAUGACAUAAGAUGAGGUGAAUGAUAACGAGACUGCAUCACAUCUGUAGCAGAGAGGGUCUUCCCCUCUUCAUCUUGAUCUGAGAGACCAAACGGAGGAAUGCAGUUUUUCGAUCUGUUCUGCUGUGGGACUUGAAGUACACCAGCUUCUUGUGCUCAGUGCAGGUUAGUGAUAGUAAAGCAAUGGCUCAAAUGAACAAGACGCUCUACGGGGGGGGAAUCGGGAUCACGACUGAGUCGCCUCUUGGUUUAUCCUCCACUGAACGCGGCUGAAUGGUGUCCGACUCGGACAUCUCCACGUAGAGGUCCAAAAUACCAACUUAAUUAAAACGAGACGGCGAAUACAUAAAUCCCUUUUUCCAGACAUCGCAACUUGUAAGCAACCCACCUGCUGCCAGCAGACCUUCAGCUUCAUCAAGUCCGCUGCCAAAAAAACGCUGCUGUCAGUCCGUCCCACGACACAGUGGGUUUGUGUUUCUGUGCCUUCUAUCUUUUAUGCGCAUUUUAUAGACUGGGAUAUUUGCUUUUAGACGCUGACCUGGGGUUAAUUUGACCUUUCCUGUCCCGUGCGGUUCAAACAGAUUAGAAUGCAGGGAGGUUAAAGCUGAUCCUAGAUCCGAACUGCUCCAGGACUGCCGUUUUAUAUCCGUGUGCACUGAUCUAACGUUGACCAACUCCAUAGUCAUCAGACAAUUCUAGAGUUUAUAUUUAUAUAGAGACUUCUUUAUUUGUUUACUGGUUUGUUUUACUUGUCCGUCCUUACAGUCUGGUGCCUCUCUCUGUCUCUCUCUCUCUUACAUUUAGUUUCUAGACAAUCAAAAGAUAGCUCUGUAUCCAACCACAUAGCAAAAGUGAGGAUAUAUCGUGACUAUCUUUACGCCUGUCAGAUAAACAUAGACUUGGCAUGAUAGCUGUUGUCCUUGUUUGACUAUACUCUUUAUACAUGGAUAGACCUGUGUGUCUAAUAUUAUCUGUGGUUUUAUAAUUUUUCUUUUAGAUAAGUCUGGUAUUGUUAAAGACAAUACUGUAGGCAUGUGACUACACAGAGUCAGAUUAUGUUUCAAUAACAAAAGGGUUCAUAUAGCAACAAUACAGCACUGUGUAUAGAUGUAGGCGAGCGUCGUACUAGGAGGCCUGAUGUCUUCACUAACUGUCUUUCAGUGUAUUGUGAAAAUCUCAGUGCAUCUAAAAGCUAUAAAAAAAACUACUGUGUCUCUCUUUCUCGCUAGUAAGGAAACGAGGAAGAAGAAAACUUGUGUAUUACACAGAGAAUAAAUCUCUUUUUUUUAUGAGGACACCAAAACAUGCAGAUUGGUAGUUUGUGUUGACAGCUCAAUUAGCAUCAACUCAUGUGAUAUAAAAGCCACUUAAUCGCUCUUUUUUAUGGUCAUAUCAACCAUUUGGUAUGUAUUAUUUUGAGUGUCCCUCCUUGUUUACCUGUUAUGAUCUUUUUUCUUUUUUUUAGGUGAGGUGCUUACUUUGAAGCUGAACACUGGUAGGCUGUAGGAUGUCUUGCUGCUAUAUGACUGGGGGAACUGUACAACUAAAUUGUUUGAAAUAUGACAUAUUGUUACAUGGCGUGGAAGCAUUUUAUCACAUCAUCAUGUAAUGAAUGUAUUUAAUUUAUCAAUUUAUUUAUUGUGUCACUGAUAAGAGCUAAAUGCACAUGCGUCUGAUGUGAUUUUGCAGUGCGGACGUAUUUCAGGGCUCGAGACAGAAGAGCAGAUUAUGACCCCUUUAUACCACAUCCUCGUUCACUCGCGUUAACUUUGUGCCUCAUGAAAUAAAUCCACAGGAUUGAAGGCAAACUGCUGGAUUAUAUGUGGGCGCCCCCAAGUGGCACAGUGUGGCAAAUUGCGCCAUCUGAGAGAAAACAAGGACUGAAUGAAACUGCAGCGUUGUGACAUGAAUGUUAAUUAUUGACGUUGGCCACUUACAGGUUUCAGCCGAUCGAGUCUUUGCACUGCUCUGCGUAGAGGGUUUCUCGUUUGUGUCCUAUCAGAUGAGUGAUCCUGCCAGUUUAAAGGUGUAGAACAGUUCUCUUAUAAUAGAACCCCCAAACAAAAACAAUACAUGGCAUGUGUUUCAUGAAUGGAUAUAGUUUUAGAGAUGGAAUCUAUGUUUAUUUAUGGAGAAAUAUUACCCGUUUCAACAAAGUGCUGUACAAAGAAAUUGUCCUGACCAGAGUAUAUAGAGAGACGAUAAGACCAAAUUUCUUAGCUUUAUACAACAUCAUUACUGAGUUGCAUAUCAACUGAUAAUAUAUCCUCCAUUCAUCAUGUCGCCUGGGAUAAUAUGCCUAAAUGAUGUGAAGCAGUGACACACUGAAGGCUUUUAAGGGUGUUGUGUAAUUUCAGCAGAUUAAUCGGCAACCUGUGUGCUUAGUUACCUUGAGAUUGUUACUAUAUUUAAUAAAUAGGCUAGUUUUUAUAAAGGACAUGCCAUAGAAGUGUGGGAAAUAUAAACGGUGAAGUUUAAAGGAGUCAGUAAACAGGAUUGGGACUUCUCUGUAACUUUUUAUUUAAUUUUUUAUCAUGAGCUAAUUCUGUCAUUAAUUUCUCACACGUUUGAGAAAUGUAAAGGCAGUUGAGGAGAAGUGCAUUCCUGGCAAAUAAGAAAUUAUUAAUAAGUUAUCACUUAUAAGGAAGUACUAUAAUGUUUGCAUCACCCGUUCAUGCCUCUCCUCAUCUUGGGUUGCUUUGUUUGCUGACCUUGUCUUGAAGAUGAAAGAUUGUGUUAGUGUGUGUGUUUGUGUGUGUGUGUGUGUUCAUGUGUUGGUUUGUGCAGAGAGCAUGGUCAGCAAAAAAAGGCAACAGAAGCAGUGAACUACAAUGGAUGGUAUGAUGGCAGUCAGCAAAUAUGUAUACCAAUAAAAACCCAUAAUCUAAAA